AUGCCUGGCUUUUGCUGGACAGAGCUGCAGCGCAGAGACGUCCUCCUCAGCUUGACUCGGCUGAUGGUCGCACUUUGUCGCGGCGUGUCUGCUCCGCUGCUUGAGCGUGUCGCGUGCAGCCUGGAGUUCUUCUGCCAGGUCUUGGACGGAACUGUCGACCGAGAAAUGCUGCACCUGGCUCUACAAGGUCUUUGCAACCUGCUCGAAGCCUACCAGGACUCGGACGCUCGCUCAUGCGUGGCAGCACUUGUGAGCGCAGGCUUCAAUCUGAAGCAGGCAGCUUCGGUGUUCCAAGGAGGCGGUGCGGAGGCAGCGCUUCUUGCAAAGCUUCAAUCGUUGGGCUUUCAAGCCUAG